AUGCUGAUGCGGGUUCCUCCGUCGGGUCUGGCGGAGCUGCUGGUGUCGGUGCUGCAGCGGGGGGGCUGGCGGGGGAGCACGGCCGUGCUGUGUCCAGGCUGGGAGGCCAGCGGCGUGCUGCAGACGCUGGAGCGCGACCAGGAGCGGCCCGAGGGCCCGGACGCCGGAGUGGGCCGAGGGAGGCGGUGGGCGCGCUGGCACCUGUGGGAGCCCCUCGACCUGUCGGGCCCGGCGGGCGGCGAGGGCGGCGGAGAGGGCGACGGGUCGCGGAGCGAAGACGAGGUGCUGGCGCUGCUGGAGCAACACCUGAGCCAGGCGCCGUCGCCCCUGACCACCUCGGUGCUGCUGCUGGGCUCCGAGCCGCAGUGCAUGUCCGCCGUGCUGACCGCCGCCCACCGGCUCAGCCUCGCCCAGGCCCCGCUCUCCGCCGCCGCGGCCGCCUCCGCCACGCACUGGAUCAUGGGAUGCCCUCUGGCGCUGGACGCGCUGCAGUCCAUCGGCUCGCCCCAGGGCCUGCUGGCGUACGGCGAGGUCAACCGCAAGCCCCUCAGCUUCUACAUCCGCGACGCGCUGCAGCUCAUCGGCCAGGCGGUGACCAACGCCACGCUGGUGCGGCCCGACCUGGCGCUCAUCCAGCACAUGGUCAACUGCUACGACAAGCCCAACAAGCACGAGCUGCCCUCCUCCGGCCAGUACCUCGCCAGGUUCCUGUCCAACACGUCGUUCAGCGGCGUCACGGGCCCCGUGGAGGUGGACCGGGCCCUGUCCCGCGUCCUGCCUGCCCAGCGCUUCCACGUGUGGAGCCUGCAGCGCGACGCCGUCGGCCAGCCCUCCUGGGUCACCGUGGCGCAGUGGCAGGGCGGGCAGCUGCGGGUGGACGAGCAGGGCCUGUGGCCGGGCGGCGGCAGGAGGCCGCAGGAGAGCGGCGGGGGGUCCGGACCGCGGCCCCGGGGCCGGUGGAGGGCGGGCCUGCCGGUGUCCGGGAGCCGCGUGCGGGUGGUGACGCUGGUCGAGCACCCGUUCGUGUUCACGCGGGAGGUGGACGACGAGGGCCAGUGCCCCGCCGGACAGCUGUGCCUGGACCCCCACACCAACAGCUCGGACCUGCUCAACGUCAUGUUCCGCGAGCUGGCCCAGGCCAACAGCAGCGGCGGCGGCGGAGGUGGGCCCGCCGGAGGGGUCGGCGGCAACGCCAACGGACCCUCCCUGACCGCCGACUACCGCAAGUGCUGCUACGGCUACUGCAUCGACCUGCUGGAGAAGCUGGCCGAGGACAUGAACUUCGAGUUCGACCUCUACAUCGUGGGCGACGGCAAGUACGGCGCCCGCAAGGGCCUGGGCGACUGGACGGGCCUGGUGGGCGACCUGCUCAACGGCGUGGCCGACAUGGCGGUCACCUCCUUCAGCAUCAACUCGGCGCGCAGCCGCGUCAUCGACUUCACCAGCCCCUUCUUCUCCACCAGCCUGGGCAUCCUGGUGCGCAGCAAGGACACGGCGGCGCCCAUCGGCGCCUUCAUGUGGCCGCUGCACUGGUCCAUGUGGGUGGGCAUCUUCGUGGCGCUGCACAUCACCGCGCUCUUCCUCACGCUCUACGAGUGGAACAGCCCCUUCGGCAUGACGCCGCACGGGCGCAACCGCCGCCGCGUCUUCUCGUACUCGUCGGCGCUCAACCUGUGCUACGCCAUCCUGUUCGGCCGCGUGGUGGCCAGCAAGACGCCCAAGUGCUGGACGGGCCGCUUCCUGAUGAACCUGUGGGCCAUCUUCUGCCUGCUGGUGCUGUCCAGCUACACCGCCAACCUGGCCGCCGUCAUGGUCGGCGAGAAGACCUUCGAGGAGGUCUCCGGGAUUCACGACGCCAAGCUCCAUCACCCGUCCCUGGGGUUCCGCUUCGGGACGGUGCGGGAGAGCAGCGCCGAGGACUACAUGAAGAAGAGCUUCCCCGAGAUGCACGAGUACAUGCGGCGCUUCAAUAUGCCCACCACGCCCGACGGAGUGUCUACACUCAAGACAGAUCCUCCUCAGCUGGAUGCCUUCAUCAUGGACAAGGCCCUCCUGGAUUACGAAGUGUCCAUCGACGCCGACUGCAAACUGCUCACCGUGGGCAAGCCGUUCGCUAUCGAAGGCUACGGGAUCGGCCUGCCCCAGAACUCUCCUCUGACCCGCAACGUCUCCGAGUAUGUGAGCCGCUACAAGUCUGACGGCUACAUGGACAUGCUGCACGACAAGUGGUACAAAGUGGUCCCGUGCGGGAAGAGGGUCUUCGCUGUGACAGAGACGCUGCAGAUGGGCAUCCAGCACUUCUCGGGGCUGUUUGUGCUGCUGUGUGUGGGGGUGGCGGGGGCCCUGCUCACGCUGGCCGGGGAGCACGCCUUCUACCGCCUCGUCCUGCCACACCUGCGCCAGCACCAGCGCUUCAAGUACUGGCUGCACACCAGUCAGAAGAUCCACCGUGCUCUGAAUAUGACCUGCGAGGAGGAGGGGAGGCAUCAGGCGACUCCAGACAGAAGCCCAACCUUAUGCCUGUCAGAGAGCUGCAACAUCCACCGGCUGCAGCCCCCGUCUCCCUCCCCUCAGCCCUCCUCCUCCACCACCACCUCUGGCAGCAGCAGCGGCGGCACCACCAUGGCCUGGAACAACCAGAGCGCGCGGGCCGCCGCGUCCCGCGAGUCCGGCAAGGAGCACAGCAAGCGCGUCCACUUCAACCUGGAGACCCUCAACACGUACCGGCUGCAGGCGCCGCCGGCGGGCCCCGAGCGCGGCCUCCGACGCGGCCUGGUGGGCAGCCCGCCCACGCAGCUGUGCGAGAACGGCGGCCCGGCCACGCUCAGCCUGGUGCUGUCCCCUCCGUCCUGCUCCUCCUCCUCCUCCUCCGCGGCGGCGUCCGCGGCGGCGGGGGGGUCGGUGUCGGCGCAGUGGGAGGGCGAGCUGCAGGAGCUCCAGGGGCGGAUCGAGGAGUUCCGCGGGCAGCUGCGGGCGGCCCUGGCGCGCAGGGCGGAGCUGCAGAACAGCCUGGAGCGGGAGAAGGCGUCGUGCCGGGUGCGCGCCGUCGUGGAGUCCGCCGCCGCCGCCGCCGCCACCUCCGCCGAUCGACCGCUCCCGGCAGCCGCCGCCACCAUCUCCACCACGGCCACCACCGGCCCAGUCAAAGACAAGGACACCAACCUGAGGAGGUGAUGUACGGGGUGUGAGGUGUGUCCAGGAGGCCCAGCGGAGGGUGGCACGGGGAACAGGGUGCCCGACUGUUAUCUUUCUCCCAAUGUUGGGCCUCGAUGAAAUGGAUGGCACAGACAGAGGAACAACACGCCUGGUAUGUUUUUACAGACAGAACGCCUGACAGAUGGAUUACAGUGAGUUUUCUUUGGCCACUACUUUGGACUUUUGUGAACUUGAGUUUCACUUUGAGUAUUGUAGACACUGGAUCAAGACACUCUAAGGAUAGAAAAGCAAAAAAAUCUUCACUACAAAUCAAAUGCUUUUUUUUCUAGAGGUGGUCCAUUUUUUUCGCCCACUUGUCUGUAAAUAUAAUAUGCAUACUCGUCUGUAAGAAUUGCUGGCUGUAACAGAAGUACAGUAUUUGACCCACAAUCUGUUGACAGACGGCUAAAUGACUCGCUAUCUCUGUGAAUUGAAAUCUUAUUGGUUUUCCCAUUAACGCAUUUCAAAAUAAAUUUGGUUUACACUUGGA